UCAAAAGUCAAAACAAUGUUUUGGUGCCAAACUUGUUUGAGCUUGUCUUAUUAAAAAAUAAAGUAAAAUGUGUUCAGAGCAAUAAUAAAUAAAAGUAUUUUUAUACAUAAUCAAUAAUUAGUGUAAGUGAAAACUGAACAUAAAAUCAUGGAAGACGAAGAAGGUUUACAUCGUUUAGAAGGUACUUCUGGUGAUGCACCUGGAGGCCUUAUUAUCAAAAAGAAACCUGAAGAGUUUCAGUUCGCCAAACCGUCGUUACUUGGUUUGGAUAAAUUAGCCGCAGCUAAACGGAAGCAAAACCGUCUUAUAUCGUUUCAAACGGAGGAUAACGAAGCCGACGGGCAGGAUAAAAAUGAAUCGGGUGGUUCUAAAGAAAGAAAAUAUAGAAAGCAUAAUGAAGAAACUCCGACAUACACGGGAGGCCUGUCGGAGGAAGCUAGAAAGAGAAUGCUGGAACGGUUGCAGAAAAAAGAAAAAGAAACUCGAGAGAAAGGUGUACACUAUUCAACGCAAGAGGAGAAAAAAUCACGCUCAAAGGAUGAUGAUGAUCGUUACCGGCGCUAUGGUCGCGAUAGGCGUGACAAGGACAGAAGAUAUGAUGAUAGAAAAGAUAGGGAUAGAUACGGGAGGGACAGGGACAGAGAUAGGUCAGAUAGACGGCGGGAUAGGGAUUCUGAUAGAGAUAGUUCGAGACGCAGUUAUUAUGAGCCAAGGUUUAAGGAUGAACCUAGGACACCGAGCAUAAAAGCACUAAAACCAACUGACAAAACCGCUUGGGACGAUGACGAUGAGGAGGCAGUUCGUAAGUCCAGCUGGGACUUUCCAACCCCACUACCAAGAGAUACCCCUGAUAGGUCUACUCGGAGUGACAGGAAACCGCUACGAGAUUCAAGGGGGAGAUUGUAUGAUGAUACUGAACGGGCGACUCCACAUAAAUGGGUGAGUUCCCGCCGCGGUUUGGACGUAGACGAUCCAGAGUGGCAAGAAGCUGAGAAGAAAUUAGAUAGAGCUUGGUACAAUAUGGGAGAAGGAGAAGCAGACGAAUCCGAUCCAUUCGCUGGCACAUCAGCAGAAUACAUAGCGAAGAAAGAAGAGCAGAUAGAAAAGAGAAGGAAUCGUAAAGUCUCUGCAGCGAGACAGCAGAUAGAUAAGGAUAAUGAACUGUGGGAGCGAAAUAGGAUGUUGACAAGUGGUGUUGUGCAUUCUAUUAACGUUAAUAAUGAUUUGGAUGAGGAAAGUGUUGAUCGCGUACAUCUUUUGGUACACAAUAUAGUGCCGCCAUUCUUGGAUGGAAGGAUUGUGUUUACGAAGCAACCUGAACCUGUUAUUCCGGUAAAAGACCCGACAUCAGACAUGGCUAUAAAUGCAAGAAAAGGAUCCGCACUUGUGAAAGCUUUUAGGGAACAGAAGGAACGAAGAAAAGCGCAGAAAAAACAUUGGAAAUUGGAGGGAACCAAAAUUGGUAACAUUAUGGGAAUACAGAAGGAACAAGAGGAAAUUGAAGAUGGUCCCACCAAAGCUGCAUAUAAAUAUGCAGAACAUUUGGAUAAAGACGGUCAAGAGCCUGAAUCGAAAUCAGAUUUUGUAAAGAAAAAAACUAUAACGGAACAACGAAGGUUCCUGCCCGUGUUUGCAGUUAGAGAAGAAUUGAUGCAAGUUAUAAGAGAGAAUAGUGUUAUUAUUAUUGUUGGUGAAACUGGCAGCGGUAAAACUACCCAACUCACACAAUAUCUCCACGAGGAGGGUUUCAGCAAGUCGGGCAUGAUAGGUUGCACGCAGCCGCGGCGUGUGGCCGCCAUGUCUGUGGCCAAGCGAGUCGCUGACGAAAUGGGGGUUCGUUUGGGUGAAGAAGUAGGCUACGCGAUCCGUUUCGAAGAUUGCACAUCACCAUCCACGGUGAUCAAGUACAUGACGGACGGGAUAUUGCUGCGCGAGGGUCUGCGCGAGCCGGACCUGGACAACUACAGCGCGGUGAUCAUGGACGAGGCUCAUGAGAGAUCCUUGUCUACUGAUAUGCUCUUCGGGUUGUUGAGAGAGGUGGUAGCUCGCCGUUCCGACUUGAAAUUAAUCGUGACGUCAGCGACAAUGGACUCCAGUAAGUUCGCUACAUUCUUCGGGAACGUGCCGACGUUCGAGAUUCCCGGACGCACGUUCCCCGUGGAAACGUUCUUUGCAAAGAAUGUUUGUGAAGAUUACGUCGAUGGUGCUGUUAAACAGGCUCUCCAAAUCCACCUGCAACCUGACGAAGGUGACAUCCUCAUCUUCAUGCCGGGUCAAGAGGACAUUGAAGUCACUUGUGAGGUGCUAACGGAAAGACUAGGCGACCUAGACACAGCUCCACCGCUUACAGUACUGCCGAUAUAUUCCCAACUACCCGCGGACUUGCAGGCGAAGAUCUUCCAGCGAGCACCGCCGGGGCAGAGGAAGUGUAUUGUGGCCACUAAUAUUGCUGAAACAUCUCUAACUGUUGAUGGUAUAAUGUACGUGAUCGACUGCGGCUACUGCAAGUUGAAAGUUUACAACCCAAGGAUUGGUAUGGACGCUCUACAGAUCUACCCAGUAAGCCAAGCUAACGCCCGUCAACGAGCCGGUCGUGCUGGUCGUACCGGUCCUGGGAAAGCCUUCUGUCUCUACACACAGAGACAAUUCACACACGAACUGCUCGCAGCCACCGUGCCUGAGAUACAACGCACUAACCUCGCUAACACCGUGCUACUCUUAAAAUCACUUGGAGUAGAAGAUCUGCUCGCGUUCCACUUUAUGGAUCCGCCGCCACAGGACACAAUCCUAAACUCCAUGUACCAGCUUUGGAUUCUUGGCGCGUUAGAUGGCACGGGGGCGUUGACCCCACUGGGGCGGCAGAUGGCGGAGUUCCCACUGGACCCCCCCCAGUGCCACUUGCUCAUUGUGGCCGCCGAAAUGGGGUGCAGUGCUGAAGUGUUGAUCAUUGUAUCAAUGCUAUCAGUGCCAUCCGUGUUCUACCGACCUCAAGGUCGAGAGGAGGAAGCUGAUGCUGUGAAGGAGAAGUUCCAAGUGCCGGAGUCUGAUCAUCUCACGCUACUGCAUCUUUAUAACCAGUGGAAGAGUAAUAACUACUCAAGCUCCUGGUGCACAGAACACUUCGUGCAUGCGAAGGCAAUGCGCAAAGUGCGUGAAGUUCGUCAACAACUACGAGACAUAAUGCAACAACAGCGCCUGCCGCUGCUCUCGUGCGGCACCGAGUGGGACACCGUGCGCAAGUGUAUCUGUUCCGCGUACUUCCAACAAGCGGCCCGACUGAAGGGCAUCGGCGAGUACGUGAACUGCCGCACGGGCAUGCCGUGCCACCUGCACCCCACAUCCGCGCUCUUCGGCCUCGGCUCCUCGCCCGACUACGUGGUCUACCACGAGCUCAUGAUGACCAGCCGGGAGUACAUGCACUGCGUCACCGCGGUCGACGGCAGGUGGCUGGCCGAGCUUGGCCCAAUGUUCUUCUCGGUCAAGGAGACUGGCAAAACAAAUCGCGACAAGCGUAAAGAAGCAGCGGUGCACUUACAGCGGAUGGAAGAAGAGAUGAAAGAAGCAGAACAGAAGAUGGCGGAAGAGAAGAAAAAGAAGGACCAAGAUGUUCCAGUGAAACAAGAGAUCGCUACUCCGGGGCUAAAUACGCCGAAACGGACGCCACAUAGAUUAGGAUUGUGAUUUUGUAAUCUGUUCAAGGAGUUUAAUAAAUAUCUGAAAUAAA